AUGCCCCCUCGUUCCCUCCUCCUCACCAUCGACGCCUUCGGCACUCUCUUCCACCCGCGCCACCCGGUCCCGGAACAAUACGCCUCGGCCGCCUACGCCUUUGGCAUCCCCCGCACCGCCCUCACAUCAGCCAACCUCCAAACCGCCUUCAAGACCGAAUUCAAAGCCCAGUCGCAGAGACACCCAAACUACGGACGCGAACAAGUCCUCCGCGGCCAGUACGACGGCCCGCGACAAUGGUGGGAGGAGCUCAUCCGCGCCAGCUUCGCGCGCGCCAUGACACCCACAUCCGCAUCCAUGCCCUCCGAGCCCCUCCCCGACGGCCUGGUACAGCACCUCCUCGACCGCUUCGCGAGUAAAGAGGGGUAUGCGCUGUACGACGAUGUGGAGGGGUUCUUUGCGCGGAUGCGCGCCGUCAAAGCGCGUGCGCAGCGACUCGGGCCGUUUUCGCGCGUCGUCGUUGGCGUGAUUUCUAACUCGGAUGAUCGUGUCCCGGCGGUGCUGGAGUCGCUGGGGCUGCGGGUUGGGAGUGUUCGUGCGGAUGAGGGGGUGUUGAGUCGGCGGUUGCCUGGUUUUGAGGCGAGGGAGGUGGAUCGAACAGAUUGCGGUGAUGCGAACUCUGUGCAUGAUAUCGAUUUGGUGGUUACGAGUUACGAGGCUGGGGAGGAGAAGCCCAGUCCGCAUAUUUUUGAAGUUGCUAGAAGACAGGCUGCGCGGGUCGCGACGCAGGACGCUGGCGCUGCGGACAGCUGGACGUGUGUCCAUGUUGGGGAUGAUUAUGAGAAGGAUUACCGGGCUGCGGUCAAUGCAGGCUGGAUUGGGUAUUAUCUCCCUCGAGAUGGAGAAGACGGAGGUCGUGAUGGUACGAGGACUAUUCGGUCGCUCAUGGAUCUCUUUCCGGAUAUCGAGACCUACGAGUGA